GUAUGAAAACAAUUUUGCUCAAAUACAUUUUGAAUGAAUUCACAGCGAAAGUAUUAUUAAUCGCUGCGUCGCACUGUCGCAAAUCUGGCAACUGUUUGUAGCAUCCUCUCCCUAUUCGAAUCUGUAGUGCACCCACGGGAGGCGCAACAUAGGAGCAGGCAAUCUGCCUUCAUGUGCCAUACAAACUUUGAACCUCAAAUCUACAUCUACAUGCCCCUGAGAAGGUUCAGAGGCAUUGAGGCGAGCUGUUUAACCAUAUUCCUCGCCGCAUCGAGAAAUCAUGGGACAGGUUUCAACGCCACUUUGUUGUGAGUGCACAAGAAUGCUGAUUGAACUUGGUGAUCUCAACAAAUUCCGUUUAUGAAAAACCAUGCUUACGACUGGAAAACCACGGAUAACGAGAAGAGGCACUUACUUAACAGAACAAUAAUUCUCGCGGAGAACAGAGACGCAAUGUUUCUUAAAUUGGCUACAAACGGAAAACUUGCACAUCGUCCAUAACGAGGAGGGCAGGUUUGGUAAAGGUAUAUCCUGUUUGGUCACCAGCGAACAUUAUCUGUGUAAGUAUGGGUUUGGAGAUGGCAGGAUUUAUAUACUUUUGUGGUAUUUGAUGUGUGAUUUGUUUCUGCCAUUGAAUACUUGUUCGAGCCACCAGGGAUAUUAGCCUACUGAUCGAGGUGUUUUCUUCGUUAUUUUGAGGGUAACGCGAGUUUAAAAUCAAUACUCCAGAUCCAUCUCAGAGAUUAGAUAUAUGCGUAGGCGACACAUAGCCCAUAAGGCGCAGAAAUAUCUAACCACGUCGCCCGCUGGAUACAGUCCAAUGACAUAUUAGCAAUGCCAACGAAAGUCACCAUCAAAUAGUACGAGGAAAAUGUCAGGUGAAGAAUAUAUGAUUAUUUGCUUAUUAUCCCCACCGUUUGGGAAACACAUGGAGACCAAACAGGCGCAAAAAACAUUCGGACAUUCAGGAGAACGGAGUCUCCGACCCGCUGAGCAGCAUUAGCGCUCGUCUCAUCAACCAAGCCAAGGUCACCUCCCAGCCUCCCUGCCUCCUCGUCACUCUGAAGGGCUGUCCCCAUCCACCAGACCCCCCCCCCACCUCCCAGUUCCCCCGGCAUGGAGAGCCUCAGUGAGCUACAGAAUCCCCUGCUGGAUAAGAACACUAAGCACGUGGUCAAGGCUGACUACGGCUAUGGGGGCGACUUCUCCAGCAACCAGUACCAGGAAAACAUUAUCAACUACUUUGUGACGGGGGGAGGAGGAGGAGGAGGAGGAGGAGGAGGAGGAGGAGGCAGUGGUGGAGGACUGGUGGGCGGGGGAGGUGGCGGGGGCGGGGGCGGGGGCGGAAACAGCAAAGCCAAAGCCCACCAGCUCCUGGACGCCACCUCCUUGCACCUGGCCGUGGAGGCAUUCUACCGGCCCAACUUCAUCCUCUACAAGGACGACGCUGUGACCGUGAAGGCCAAGGAUUAUAAGAGCGAAUGCUGCGAGACCACCUUCACCGAGAAGAAGGACAAGGAGGCAGACUCCACUCCGGCUUCGGCCGAAACCUCCGGCAGCGCCGAGGACGCCCAGGUCAAGCUGCUGCAUGACGACGACAUCAAGAUCCAGACCGUGUCCUAUGAAGUGGAAGAGGAGGAGUACGUGGAGUAUGAGACGGACUGCUCCAGUGACAGCGAGAGCGAGGACAACUUCAUCGUGAUCCCACCGCGCGAUCACCUGGGCCUGGCCAUCUUCUCCAUGCUCUGCUGCUUCUGGCCCCUCGGCAUCGCCGCCUUCUACUUCUCCCAGGGGACCAGCAAAGCUGUCACCAAGGGAGACUUCUCGCUGGCCAGCAUCGCCUCCAGACGGGCUCUGUUCCUGGCUGCUCUCUCCAUCACCAUCGGCACAGGUGUGUAUGUUGGCGUGGUGGUGGCCCUCAUCGCCUACCUGUCUAAGCCGGGACACAUAUAGCACCUCCUGGGAGCCCAGCAGAUCCCUUCAGAGAGCCCAUAGGACUACAUUUCCCAAGAUUCCUCUUUCCUAGGAACUUGUCAGAAAAUCUUCAGCACACCCCCCCCCCCAAUCCCCCCCAACCCCUCAAGACAACCCAUACUGACGAUUGAGCCACUGGUGAAACACUAGUAAGACAAUGGAGAAGUGGAGAGAGAAAACAGGGGAGAAAAACAGUGAGAAAUGUCUUUGGAGAGAUUUGCCUCAGUGAUGAAUGAGUAGUUGUCAGAAGCCUCGGAAUCAAACUGCUUUGGCAUCUGCCAUAAUCCUUUGAGCCUUGUGAUGUGGGAUAUGUAUAAUCUGGGGUGUUGUCUGAAAUGAAAGUGGAAGGUGAGAAAAAAAAGAAAAAAAAACAGUCUCAAAACAAAGACCAUUUCAGUGGCUCUGAAAAAAAAAACAAUCCCCUCAUGGGAAUGUUUAUCCAACUCUUUCCUGUCAGUAGCUCUGCUUUUUGACACCGUGAAAUGUCAUGUGACCCUGACCUGUAACUGAACUUUGCUCAGCUGCUUGUGAAUGCAUCCUGUGUACAGGACUAGAGGGGAAAGAAUCCCUGUACCAUUGGCGCCACUCACAGUGAAGACACUGGUCCUCCAUCUCUCUGCUCUUUAGAGUGAUACUUAGAGUGAGGUGAUGACAAGCACAUUGCUGUGGACAUUUUCUUGGACUCAACCCACGGCAAAACAGAUGUGAAACUGUGGCGGCAGUCAUGGAUUUUCGGAGUUUUACUUCUAAACGAUCACAUUUGGCAUGGAGAAAAAAAAUCCGAUUUCAAAUCUGACUUUGCCUAUUCAUGAACGUGUUUACGUCUUUCCCGUUUUCUUUCAGCAGGACUCUUGUGAUGACUGAUGAUAACAAGUAAACUUUACAUCAAACAUUGGCUUUUUUUUUUUUUUUUUUUAGCUUUUUAUCGUAGCUGUGUUCUUAGAAAGGGUCACUGUUUGAUGGAGAGAAAAAAAGAAAUUCUGAGAAACACAUCCGUUAAAUCUGUAUUUAUUUACAGUCAUUUGCUUUCCUUGCCUCGUGUUUCUCCAUUCGCGCCGCCAUGGCCUUGAGGUAUCAUUAUUGACUACAGAUCACCACAGAUACUAUGAAAUGCGAAUGUCAUAAAAAAAGGCUUGGAUUCUACAUACUUUAUGCUACAUUCAGGUUGCUAUUUCACACCCAGGUGAACCUCUGUGUUGAAUGGUUUGCACGAAAUACAAAUCUCCACAUCCCCAGACCUGUGUAACAUUCGGCAUAGACACGACUUAACUCAGGUGCUCAACGAGGUUGUCAUUUGCCCAGAUGACUGUAAUGGUUUAAUAUGGAUGAAAUGGUAUGACAUGGUUGUAAAAUGCUGCUGGCACCUGAAACAUUGCGGUUCCACAGGUCUCGGCAGACAGGAAAAUAAAUUAGACCCAAAAAUAGCAUGUUGAGAGCUCCAAGACAUGAAACAUAUGAUUGAAGGGAUUAAUAAUGCAUCACAUGUCUUCAGGGGAGCUUGAGAUGCCUGUGCCCAGGCUCGUGAGGCCCAAUUUGUCACUCACUGCUGGCUGACGUCAUGCAAAUACUCCACACACUAAGUGUUCUGACUCGUCUAAUCAUUUAAGUAAAAAAAAAAAACUCGGGAAAAGUGGGCCAAACUGCAUCAGCUGCAUAAACAUCUAACCAGCAGAUCUAACAUGUAAACAUGCAACCAGUCCAGAUCCAUUCCACCACUUCACUAUGUCCUAAAAGGAAGACAACUUUGAAUACAUUGGCAUUGCAGUGUUCUGCUGGUGGAGAAUUGCACUUUUCCUCUCAAGCCUUUAUCUAUAGAGAGCAGGAAUUCAAUACAGAGGCAAUAUUUAGCUCAUGACCAGUUUUAAUAAUUGUCUUGGCAACCAGCCCUAAUUGAACUAAAUUAGCAUUUUGAGGUCCAUGAUGACGACAUAUGUAUUAGAAAUCUAUUUAUAGAUCUACAUGGACAACUGGAAACAGGCCAACUGUUUAAACACAAUGCUUGUUUAGACUGAAAUGAACAAAGCUGAUCGCACCCAUCUGACCAUACAGAAAACAGCAGAACCUAAAAACCCUCAUCACCACUGUCGUAUCAAAGGUCUCCACGCACCUCUACCAGGCUUCACUGUAAAUUAAUUGAUUGCUUAAAAAGUAGUAUGUUGCUUACUCUUGGAGUAGCCAGAUAACAUCUACAAAACAACUCCUGCCCCCGAUUCUUCCCCUGCUCCUUGAGGAACUGGCACAAAGAGGACAGGUCUCCAUAAAUGCCUGACCAUCUUGUCCAGGGCUGCGCAACGAACAGAAAGACAGCAUAACCACAACACACUUACAGAUUUACUCAUCCGUGUACUUCAUGUAUUAGUCAUGCAGGACCUGACAUUUAUGACUCACGAUUAGCUUUUCCCCAUAAUGGCUUUUUCCCAUUGUUGUUGAGAGAGAAGAGAGAGUCUAUGCCCUCUCAAGAGCGUAGCCUGAAAUAGUAACGGACAAAUAGAUUGAACAAACCAGCCACUUCAUCCUGCUGCUGUUGUCUGGGUGUGUGAGAGCCCGCUGAAGUCUACCCAAGUAAACAAAUGGCUUGAUUGUAGUCAGUAGUGAGGAAGAUUAAUGGUGACCAUAAACAUUUUGUAUUAAAAUCCAAGGUAAUUGGUUUACAUGAAAACGUGAACCUCAUGUAUUUCCAGGGGAGUGAUUGUUCUGUGUGACUGGUCAUUACGGACGUCGCUCGAUAGCGUCAUUACGGCCCAUUGAUUUCUCCAGAUCAGUCUUGUCUUCGAAGACCAAAUGACAUAUUUAUUAGAUAGACCAUGGCGAGAAAACAGAGAGGCAAAAGAGUCACUCUUUGUGUGUGCAUGUGUGCGAUUCGCUUAAUUUAGUUGUUAAUGAAGUGCUCUUCAAUCACUCCCCUUAUGUCAUUGUCUUUGGGUCUGAUCACCACCUUCCUUUCGACUAUUCUGUUACCAUAGUAGCCUGGAGCCACCAGUACCCCUCCAUUUUGUGUGUCAGUGCUUGCACUUGUUAUGACCAACACUGUAAUUAUACAGAGAGUGUAUUUCUGUUUUUACCGUUUUCAGUGUUUUUCAUACAAAUGGCUAAUUCAAUUGGCUUUGUGUUUAUGUUGUGUGUUAUUGAUAUUAUGUAAUUUGUUUAUGGUUUGUUGGGUUAUUUUUCUGGUUUGGUGGUUGACUGGUAUUGUUCCAUGUUGCGUGAACAUAAAGACAUUCUGAAUGGUUGCUCUGCUGCAUCAGACUGACUGAGGUGCAUCUCAGAGGGAGGACGGAGCAUUUGUUGUACCAUCAAAGUAUUGUGAAAUUGUUUUAUUCAUUUAAUUUUCAUGAGCUAAUGUUCUACAACUUAUGUAUCUACAGACUGUAAAUAUUGCAAAUAAAGGCGGGGGACAUGCUGUGUGCAAUAAUUAAACAAAAAGAACAUUUUGCUUUCAUUCUGAAA